UGUGUGACACAACAGUUCACAAGCCCUGCCAACAGAAUUCAAGGAGCUGGCCACCAGGGAGCACAUGGAGAAAGAAACUGCAAAGGACCUCCUAAAGCAGAUAGAGAGGAUCUUGCUUCACAUCAUCAACUGUCCUGUGGUCAUGUCACUUUCAAGGAGGAAUCUCAGGCUUUUGGAACUUGCUAGAUCAUCUUUCUCCCUUGGUUACACGAUAACAUUAUAUUUCAAGAAUAUGACAAGCCACCUAAUCACAGAUUUACAGAAGAAGGUGACAGCAUUACAGAAGGAAAACCAGAGUUUUAGGAAAAGGAAAGAGAUCACAUUAGAAAAUCACGAGUCAUUUUGGGAAGAGAACAGAGAUAUGAUCUCAGCCUUCCAAGACAAGAGCAAGGAUUCCUGGAAAAAGAACAUGAUUCUAUGGGAGAAAAACAUGACCUUUUGGAACAAUGUCAACAUCUUGCUAAAGGAUGAAAUGGAAAUCUGGGGAAAGGAGCUAGUCCAAUGGAAAGCAGAGCUGGACCUCUGGAAGAAGGAACUGGACCUUUGGGAAGAGGAUUUCCUUGGAAAUACAGAAGAAAAUACGACUGUACUGACCAGAAAUCAAUGAGGCACUCACAAAUUUAGAAUGAUUUCUGCCUUCUUCCACUAAUAAAACCUUGACUGCUCUCUGAAACUA